CCUGCAACGUGUCUCUGGGGCGGAGGCAGCGGCGGCCGAGUUCGCUGCGCGCGGGUGGGGGCUGCCUGUCUCUUCGCUGGUGUCCAUCUCUCUCGCCUGGCGCUCGCGUCCCCACGGGCCGCCCCAGCCCUCGCCAUGUCGUACAACUACGUGGUAACGGCCCAGAAGCCCACCGCCGUGAAUGGCUGCGUGACCGGACAUUUUACUUCAGCUGAAGACUUGAACCUGUUGAUUGCCAAAAACACGAGAUUAGAAAUAUAUGUGGUCACCGCCGAGGGGCUUCGGCCAGUCAAAGAGGUGGGCAUGUACGGGAAGAUCGCCGUUAUGGAGCUUUUCAGGCCCAAGGGGGAGAGCAAGGACCUUCUGUUCAUCCUGACGGCCAAGUACAAUGCCUGCAUCCUGGAGUAUAAACAGAGUGGCGAGAGCAUCGAUAUCAUAACACGGGCCCACGGCAACGUCCAGGACCGUAUUGGCCGCCCCUCAGAGACGGGCAUUAUCGGCAUCAUCGACCCGGAGUGCCGGAUGAUCGGCCUGCGACUCUACGACGGCCUCUUCAAGGUCAUUCCACUAGACCGGGACAAUAAGGAGCUCAAGGCCUUCAACAUCCGCCUGGAGGAGUUACACGUCAUCGAUGUCAAGUUUCUCUAUGGUUGCCAGGCACCUACCAUCUGCUUCGUCUACCAGGACCCUCAGGGGCGGCAUGUCAAAACCUAUGAGGUGUCUCUCCGAGAGAAGGAGUUCAAUAAGGGCCCUUGGAAGCAGGAGAACGUCGAGGCAGAGGCGUCCAUGGUGAUCGCAGUCCCAGAGCCCUUUGGAGGGGCCAUCAUCAUUGGGCAGGAAUCGAUCACCUAUCACAAUGGUGACAAAUACCUGGCAAUCGCCCCUCCGAUCAUCAAGCAAAGCACAAUUGUGUGUCACAAUCGUGUGGACCCCAACGGCUCCCGCUACCUGCUGGGAGACAUGGAAGGACGGCUCUUCAUGCUGCUGCUGGAGAAGGAGGAGCAGAUGGAUGGCACCGUCACCCUAAAGGAUCUGCGGGUGGAACUCCUCGGAGAGACCUCGAUUGCUGAGUGCUUGACAUACCUUGAUAAUGGUGUUGUGUUUGUCGGGUCUCGCCUCGGGGACUCCCAGCUUGUGAAGCUCAAUGUUGACAGCAAUGAACAAGGUUCCUACGUAGUGGCCAUGGAAACGUUUACCAACUUAGGACCCAUUGUGGACAUGUGCGUGGUGGAUCUGGAGAGGCAGGGGCAGGGACAGCUGGUCACUUGCUCUGGGGCUUUCAAGGAAGGUUCCUUGCGGAUCAUCCGGAACGGAAUUGGAAUUCACGAGCAUGCCAGCAUUGACUUACCAGGCAUCAAAGGCCUGUGGCCACUUCGGUCCGAUCCUACCCGGGAAACUGACGACACUUUGGUGCUGUCUUUCGUGGGCCAGACAAGAGUGCUCAUGCUGAACGGAGAGGAGGUGGAGGAGACUGAACUCAUGGGCUUUGUGGAUGACCAGCAGACUUUCUUCUGCGGCAACGUGGCUCACCAGCAGCUUAUCCAGAUCACUUCGGCGUCUGUGAGGUUGGUUUCUCAAGAGCCCAAAGCCCUGGUGAGUGAGUGGAAAGAGCCUCAGGGCAAGAACAUCAGCGUGGCGUCCUGCAACAGCUGCCAGGUGGUGGUGGCCGUGGGCAGGGCGCUCUACUACCUGCAGAUCCACCCUCAGGAGCUCCGGCAGGUCAGCCACAUGGAGAUGGAGCACGAAGUGGCCUGCUUGGACAUCACCCCCUUGGGAGAGAGCAAUGGGAUGUCGCCUCUCUGUGCCAUUGGCCUAUGGACAGACAUCUCGGCCCGGAUUCUGAAGCUGCCCUCCUUUGAGCUCUUGCACAAGGAGAUGCUCGGUGGAGAGAUCAUCCCUCGGUCCAUCUUGAUGACCACCUUCGAGAGUAGCCACUACCUCCUUUGUGCCUUGGGAGACGGGGCCCUUUUCUACUUCGGGCUCAGUGUGGAGACAGGCCUGUUGAGCGACCGUAAGAAGGUGACUCUGGGCACCCAGCCCACCGUCCUGAGAACUUUCCGUUCUCUUUCUACCACCAACGUCUUUGCUUGCUCUGACCGCCCCACUGUCAUCUACAGCAGCAACCACAAGUUGGUCUUCUCCAACGUCAACCUCAAGGAAGUGAACUACAUGUGUCCCCUCAAUUCGGAUGGCUACCCCGACAGCCUGGCCCUGGCCAACAACAGCACGCUCACCAUCGGCACCAUCGACGAGAUCCAGAAGCUGCACAUCCGCACGGUUCCCCUCUACGAGUCUCCCAGGAAAAUCUGCUACCAGGAAGUGUCGCAGUGCUUCGGGGUCCUUUCCAGCCGCAUUGAGGUCCAGGACACCAGUGGGGGCACGACUGCCCUGAGGCCCAGUGCCAGCACCCAGGCCCUGUCCAGCAGCGUCAGCUCCAGCAAGCUCUUCUCCAGUAGCACGGCCCCCCACGAGACCUCCUUCGGAGAAGAGGUGGAGGUCCACAACCUGCUCAUCAUCGACCAGCACACCUUCGAAGUGCUUCAUGCCCACCAGUUUCUGCAGAACGAGUACGCCCUCAGCCUGGUCUCCUGCAAGCUGGGCAAAGACCCCAACACCUACUUCAUCGUGGGCACAGCCAUGGUGUACCCCGAGGAGGCAGAGCCCAAGCAGGGCCGGAUCGUGGUCUUUCAGUACUCGGAUGGAAAGCUGCAGACUGUGGCCGAGAAGGAGGUGAAGGGGGCCGUGUACUCGAUGGUGGAGUUUAAUGGGAAGCUGUUAGCCAGCAUCAAUAGCACGGUGCGGCUGUACGAGUGGACCACGGAGAAGGAGCUGCGCACCGAGUGCAACCACUACAACAACAUCAUGGCCCUCUACCUGAAGACCAAGGGCGACUUCAUCCUGGUGGGCGACCUGAUGCGCUCCGUGCUGCUGCUCGCCUACAAGCCCAUGGAGGGCAACUUCGAAGAGAUCGCACGAGACUUUAACCCCAACUGGAUGAGCGCUGUGGAAAUCUUGGAUGAUGACAAUUUCCUGGGGGCCGAGAAUGCGUUUAACUUGUUUGUGUGUCAGAAGGACAGCGCUGCCACCACCGACGAGGAACGGCAGCACCUGCAGGAAGUCGGGCUUUUCCACCUGGGCGAGUUCGUCAAUGUCUUCUGCCACGGCUCCCUGGUCAUGCAGAAUCUGGGCGAGACGUCCACCCCCACCCAAGGCUCGGUGCUCUUUGGCACAGUCAAUGGCAUGAUCGGGCUGGUGACCUCACUGUCGGAGAGCUGGUACAACCUCCUGCUGGACAUGCAGAAUCGACUCAAUAAGGUCAUCAAAAGCGUGGGCAAGAUCGAGCACUCCUUAUAUCCUUGCCAGAGAUGUCCCUAGCCGGGAAGCGUGUCCUGCUGCUGAAAGCCGCCCUCCCUUUGGAAGGGGCUUGUCUGGACUUGGGGAACAAGCUUGAUUUUUUUUUUUUUUUUUUUUUAAUUUAUGUGUUUUGCCACACCCAGCACUGCUUGGGGCUUGCUUCUGGCUCUGCACUCAGGUGUGCCUCUUGGGGACUCGAGCACCAUCUCAGGUGCCAGAGAUCUAACCUGGGUUGACUGUGUGCAAGGCCGGCGCCCUCCCCGCUGUACAGUCCUCCGACCUGGGAAGAGGCUUUUCUUUUUAAAAAAAAAAAUUUUUUUUUUAUUAGAAAAUCGCUGUGAUGUACAGUUACAAACUUAUAAACUUUUGUGUUUGCAUUUCACUCAUACAGUGAUCCCAUCCCUCCACCAAUGCCCAUUCACCUCCACCAACCCCACCCUGCCUCUGGGGCAGGCCUUCCCUUUUGUUCUCUCUCCUUUUGGGUAUUGUAGUUUGCAAUAGAGGAACUGAGUGGCCUUCAUGUUCAGGCUAUAGUCUACUUUCAGUUCGCAUCUUCCAACCCGAAUGGGUCAUCCCAGCAUCGUCUACUUGGUGUUCCCUUCUCUGUCUGAGCUGCCUUUCCCCCCCAGCAUGCGAGGCCAGUUCCCAAGCUGUGGGGCAGACCCCCUGGUCGGGAAGAGGCUGUUCUGAUGGAAUGGUUCCGGUUUGGUGCAGGAAAGUGCAGUGCCGCCCUGGUCACGUAUUUACUAUCAGCUCCAGCUGCUCCCUCUCGGAGCCACCCAUGUCUGUUCCUGUGUCUGCUUCUGGGUCUCGGUCUCCUGAUGGCGCCCGGCAGCCCAUGCACGGGUCCACCCUUGGGUGCCUCCAGAGAGUUGGCUGGAGGCAGCCGUUUUCGAAGCCCCUCACCAGUGGGUCACCAGCAGCAGCUCCAGGGCAAGAAGGGAGUUCUGGGUGGCACCAGAUCCAAAUUCUGCUGGACUCCUGUUGAUUAAGGGCGAGUUCGGGGAGUUCGGGGCCCUCCCAGGGAGAUGGGUCAUCACUUUUUAUGAGGCCACAUGUCCGGAGGAGACAGGCGGGGGCGGGGGCGGGGGCGGGGGGAUUUGCUAACUGCCAAGUCCUUGGGGGGUGGACACCUUGUCUCAGUUAAGCUGUAAAGAUGGAAGACGGACUCAGAGGAGCGGUCCCAGGAAACAUCCUGCACUUCCUGCUCGACCCCAGUUGUCAGACGGGCAGCGUGGGGGGUAACCGCGUUCAGUGUCACUCUGCUGACGCAGUCUUCUGUUCCGGAGGGGCUGCAGCCCUCACCGCUGGGGUUGAUUCCAGUGGUGCCGAGCCCUGGGUGCGAAGCCCGCGCUCCCUUGCCGUGGGGCUCUCUCUGGCCCCGUGACUGCCUAGUCUGUGUAGGAGCUAAGAACUGGCUCAUUAAACUCCACAACGGUCCAGAAAGCAAUGAUUUGGGGAUUUGGGCAGGGACUAGUUUCCUGUUCUCACCUUGCUGCCUGCUUCAGCUUACAGUCUUGGCAGAGGCAGGGGUGGCCGAGGGGAGGGGUAAUUGUGAAUAAUGGCGCGUCCCUUAACUCACCUGCCACCUGGAGAUCCUUCCACACCGAGCGCAAGACGGAGCCGGCCACCGGCUUCAUCGAUGGAGACUUGAUUGAGAGUUUCUUGGAUAUCAGCCGUCCCAAGAUGCAGGAGGUGGUGGCGAACCUACAGUACGACGACGGCAGCGGGAUGAAGCGCGAGGCCACUGCCGAUGACCUGAUCAAGGUGGUGGAGGAGCUCACGCGGAUCCAUUAGCCAAGGGCCAAGCGCCCCCGGCCCCCGGCCCCGCCUGAAGGCUUUGCCCGCCCGCUGUCCUCCCCCUCUGCCCUCGCGUCUUCGCCUUGGGAACCCUGUCCCUCCGCCACGGCCCCAGAAGCCACGGGGCACCUUUGUGAGAAUGGGGGUUUCUUAGAACUAAAGCCAGUUCACCGGAGACCUGGCAGUGGGCUGACGGUGACAUCCUUCCCCCUGGGGUUUGGUACCAGUCACGGGACUCCAGCUGUCCCCUCGGACCCCCGGCCUUAUUGGUGUUGCCCGCCGCCCCCUUCCCGGGGAGGGCUGUGCUGCUCGGGCCGAAAGGAAGCUCUGGGUGUGAGUGUGUCCCGCUCUCGCACGGCCCGCCACUCUGUUUAGGCCGGGCUUGUGGGGAGACGGGGGGUCCGGGGGACGGGGGCGGGAGGGGUCGCUGUCUUUGAGGUGCGAGCUUCCUUAUACUUUCUUCGAUGGCCUCUGAGCGCUUUGGGGUCCGAGUGUAAAACCUGGGGAUGGUAGAUGAGCCCCAAGCCACAGCCUCUCUGUCUCUGGGGGAACUGCCUCCUUCCGAGGGAAGGAGGCGGAGGGCGUGAAUUGGUUGUUAGUUUCUGAGUUUUACCAAAUAAAGUAGACUCUAAGACGA